CGGCAUGUUCCUUUUUGGCUAAUACUUUCUGCUUUCUAAGUACUUUUGUCAUGUCCUCCAUCAUUGGAUUGUUCAAGCGCUUCUAUGCUGCCUUCAUUAGUCCACCUCGUCCACGCGACGGGGAAGUUAGUACUGCUUCGAGUCCUCUGAGAUUUGGUAUUCUAGGCGCUGCCGCUAUUGCUCCUCCUGCUCUCGUUCUUCCUGCGAAGAGCCAUCCGGAAGUAGAACUAUAUGCUGUUGCGGCGCGGGACAUCGGUCGUGCCAAGAACUUCGCGAAGAAGCAUGGUUUCAAAAAAUGGUAUGGAGGGAAAGAUGGCUAUCAGGAACUUCUCGAUGACCCUGCAAUAGAUGUUGUCUACAACCCCUUGCCCAACGGUUUACAUUAUGAAUGGACCAUGAAGGCUCUCGCUGCCGGAAAGCACGUGCUUCUCGAGAAGCCCAGCGGCAAUACUGCUGAGGAAACCCGGCGUAUGUUUUCCCUUGCGGACCAAAAAGGGCUCGUUCUUCUUGAGGCAUUCCACUACAGAUUCCACCCUGCUAUUCAACGUGUCAGGGCUAUCAUUGAUAGUGGAGAGCUAGGUGUCAUCAAGGAGGUAAACGCCGCUCUUGCGCUUCCCAAGGGUCUCUUUGCCAGCGAUGACAUUCGGAUGAAUUAUGAUCUUGGCGGUGGUGCAAUGAUGGAUUGCGGAUGCUACCCAUUAAGCUGUGUCCGCUAUCUUGCAUCGGAUAACCCCAGCGCGGUGAUGUCCGCCACUGCGGUGCGAUAUCCAAGAGAUUCACGUAUUGAUACAGGCACCACUGCCAAUCUUACUUUUGCUUCCUCGAAGCCUGGAGGCGAGCCAGUGAAGUCCACGAUCAAAUGCGACUUUUCCGUCCCACCCCGUUUGGGCUUCAUCCCCUCUUGGCCAGAAGUUUCUGUCCGUGCUGUUUGCGAACGUGGCACUAUCGAGUUGUUCAAUUUCGUAAUGCCAGUGAUUUAUCACUCAAUCACCGUGACCCCUGACGGCGGCGUUGCGAGGACUGAGAAAGCGUAUGCGUUCAAGGAUGGUAGCGGCAAAGGGGAAGAGUGGUGGUCUACCUACAGGUACCAGCUAGAAGCUUUUGUGGACAAAGUCAAAGGCCGAACACCACAAACCUGGAUGAGCCCUGAGGACUCCAUUGCAAAUAUGGAAUGGAUAGAGAAAAUUUAUGAAGAGAGUGGACUUGGAUCUCGACCCCAAUCCACAUAUGUCCUCCCGACUGCUUGACAAUGCUUGUAAAUGGACUAGCUAUUGUUGUGCCGUGUAAACUUCAAAGCCCUAGACCGUGCAACUUUUUAGAAAUAUGCACAAAUAUUUUUGUUCCCCUGCUCCCCAUGGACAUCAUUGAUAAUAUUUAAACAAAUUGCGACAUUCAAGAUGAGGCAGCCAAGAGCCGAGGAGAAGAAGCGUGAAUGUAGCCGAUAUCGUACGUAACUUACCUACAUGGUAGGGCCAAUGCAAGUUGGAUCAUUGCAGCCCAACUUCAAGUUGCAGCAAACAAGCAGAGACGACAACCAAUGGCGAAAGCUUGACUGGCUUCAAAGACAUUGC